UGGGGGGCGCGGGGGGCGACGCCGGGGCAGCGGGGGAUGCCGGGGGGCACGCCCAGGGCCAGGCUGCAGGGGAUGCCGGGAGCGAUGCCGGGGCAGGGGGUCCCAGGGGGGGUACCGGAGGGGGUACCGGAGCGGGUGCCACAGAGGGACCGGCAGCAGCGGGCAGCACACGGGGCCGGCAGGAGCCCAGCUGGCUGCAGGACGAGGAGGACGAGCUGUGGCCCGAGUUCCCACCCUGCUCGUCCAUGGCGGGGGCCACCAGCCCCACGUCCCCCGUGUCCCCCACGUCCCCCGUGUCCCCCACGUCCCCAACAUCUCCGGCGUCCCCCACGUCCCCCACGUCCCCCACAGCUGCCACCACCGAGGGCUCGGGGCGCAGCCAGAGGGGGGUGCCCGCGGGGGGGGCGGGGGGCCGGGCGCCCCCCGGGACGGCGAGGCCAAGGCUGGAGGGGGCCGGGGGGCGGCCGCGGGUGAGUGCCCGGGCACAGGGGCGCAGCGCCAUCCUGGAGAAGUUCGGAGGGGCAGCCACGGGGCCGGCCCCGCACAUCAAGCGGACGGGCGGCACGGCCGCCGUGAAGGCCAUGCUGCUGGAGUGGUGCCGCGCCAGGACCCGCGGCUACCAGCACGUGGACGUGCAGAACUUCUCGGGGAGCUGGGGCAGCGGCCUGGCCUUCUGCGCCCUCCUCCACAGCUUCUUCCCCGACGCCUUCGACUACGGCAGCCUGGAGCCCGGCGCCCGCCGGCACAACUUCGCCCUGGCCUUCGCCACCGCCGAGGAGCGGGCGGGCUGCGCCCCGCUGCUGGAGGUGGAGGACAUGGUGCGGCUGCCGGUGCCCGACGCCAAGUGCAUCUACACGAUGCCCACCGUGACGCUCUGGCUGCCCCUGGUGUGGCUGGUGGCCACGGCCACGGCCACUGUCACCCCGGUGCCCACGCCGGACGCCUCUCCCGGCGGGCUGAAGCUGCUCAGACAGCACCCAACGCCGUCGGUGCCCCCCCAUCCUGCCCCAGGCCCGCCGGGGGAUGUGGGGGCACCCAUCCUGCCUGUGCCCACCCCCCGUGCCCACCCCGAGGAGCUCCCCGGCUCGGAUGCCCCCCUCAAGGCCGCAGACCCCCCCGGCCCCGAGGCGCCUGAGGGAGCGCCCGAGGAGCCGGGCACCACGGCCGACAGGAGCACGGCAGCACCCGCACCCGGCACCACCCAGGGGCCCUCCGGCACCCCGGGGACCAGCGCCCCGCCGUGCCCCGGGGACGAGGAGCCGGCCGAGGCCUGUGGGGCACCCACGGCGGAGCAGCGGGCGGCCGUGGCCGAGGCGCUGGGCACCUUCGCCCUCCGCUUCUACCAGCGCAUGGCGGAGGCCGCCCAGCCCGACGCCAACCUGCUCUUCUCCCCCAUCAACGUGGCCAUGGGGCUCUCGCACCUCCUGCUGGGCGCCCGCGGCGAGACCCGUGAGCGCCUGGGCGCCAUCCUGGCGUACCCACCGGAGCUGGGCUGCGUGCACGGCGCCCUGCGGCAGCUCGCCGGCGCGCCCGGCCUUUUCUCGGCCGCCGAGAUCUUCCACCACGCAGAGCUGCGCCUCCAGCCCCGCUUCCUCAACGAGUCCUGGCACUUCUACGGCGCCCGCCCGCGCGCGCUGAGCGGCAACGAGAGCCUGGACCUGCUGCGCAUCAACGAGUGGGUGCGCGGGGCCAGCCGGGGGCUCCUGCCCGGGCUCCUGUCGGCGCUGCCCCCCCAGCCCCGCCUGCUGCUGCUCAGCGCCGUCCACCUCCAGGCCGCCUGGCGCACGCCGCUGGAGGCCAAGAAGACGGUGCCGCUGCCCUUCCUGCGCCCCGGGGGCCCCCCCCGCCUGGUGCCCACCAUGACCAGCAAGAAGUACCCGGUGGCCUCCUUCACCGACCCCCGCCUGCAGGUCCAGGUGGGGCGGCUGGAGCUGAACGGGGGGCUGAGCCUGGUGGUGCUGGUGCCACGGGGGCCCCUGGGGACGCUGGAGACCCUGGAGCGGGCGCUGGACCCCCCCACCUUCCUGGGGCUGCUGCGGCGGGCAGCCCGCACCCCCCUCCGCGCCACCGCCCUGGCCCUGCCCCGCCUGCGCCUCGACCUCGCCCUGGACGUGGUGGCCCUGGUCCACGACAUGGACUACGGGCUGUUCCUGGACGCGGAGCUGUGCGGGCUGGCGCGGGGCCCGGCGGUGGCGGUGGAUGCGGCGCGGCACCGGGCCGUGCUGGCGCUGGACGAGGCCGGCGUGGAGGCGGCGGGCGCCAUGGCCACCUCGGUGGCCCGCACGGCCCUGCUGCUGGAGGUCCUGCGCCCCUUCCUCUUCGUCCUCUGGCACGACGCCGGCGCCGUCCCCCUCUUCAUGGGCCGCCUCAGCGACCCCCAGCCCUGACCCCUGCCCGCCCUCCUCUCCCCGCUCCUGCUUCGUCCUCUCCCUCCUUCCAGCCCUCUGUCCCUCCCCACCUCCUUCCCUCCGGCCCUUCCCUCCCUCCCCUGGCCCUCCCGUCCUUCUUUUCCCUCCCUCCAUCCCUUCUCCCUCCUGCCUUCCUCUCCCCCCCACCCCAUCCCUCCCUCUUUCCUUCCAACCACCCUCCAGCCCCGUCCUUCCCUCUCUCUUCCCUCCCUCAUCCUCAUCCUCAUCCUCAUCCUCAUCCUCAUCCCUCCCUCCUCUUCUCCCUCCCUCCUUCCCCACCUCCUCCCACCUCCCCACCCCUCCCUUCCCCAUCCACCCCCCCUUUCCCUCCCCCGUGCCCCCACUCCCUCCCAGCCCCACAGGGCAGUACGGGGCCCUGCCCCCCUUGUGCCUCAGUUUCCCCGUUGGGCUCUGAGGCCCCAAUAAACACCCUGACCGCUGCGCUGCUCCUGCCUG